AGAUUUGCAAAUAGUUAAGGGACGGUCCGUAUAACUUUAUAUAAUAAUAUCCAAAGGAUCUUUCAUUUAACCAUCUUUCACAAGGUUUUCGUUAGUCACUACUUCUCCCAUUCGUCGCAAACUCGCCGGCUGCCUACAGAUUUGUGUUUUCAGUUGCUUGCUUGGCGUGAGAAAACGAGUUUCCUUCGUGUCUAAAGUUACAGACAUGGUAAAGAUUAUAUUACCGGGCUCUAAAAAACGGCCCGAACCGCCUGAAACAUUGGAGGGUCCACAUCAGAAAAAGCAGAAGAUGGAUACCGGUAUUAAGAUCGAGUGCAGAAAGAUUCUGAAAACGUUAAUGGUCCAUAAAUACGGACCCGUUUUCAAUCAACCUGUGGAUCCUAUAGAGCUUGGCAUUCCUGAUUAUUUCGAGAUCAUCUCUCAUCCUAUGGAUUUUGGAACAGUAUGUAAGAAACUGGAGGAUGAUCUCUAUCCUUUUGCAGAAGCGUUUGCUGCUGAUAUCAGACUCACUUUUUCCAACGCGAUGAGAUACAAUCCUCCCGCGAACUUUGUUCAUUUGAUGGCGAAGGAGCUGAAUGAUAUUUUCGGUAGAAGUUGGAGAUCUAUAGAGGCAAAGGUUAAAAAACAGAGUAUAAACGUUGCAGAACAGAGGAAAUUGACGAAGAAUAUUCUAAACACAAACAAGACUCACAAUAGUUUACCGACAAAGACAUCGCAAAGCAAACCCGUUAAAGAACAAGGUGUUGGUGUUAGUGUUCGUGUUGGUUUACAAGUAAAGAAAACCGAAGAUACAAACAGUGUUUUACAAGUAAAGAAAACCGAAGUUACAAAAAGUGUUUUACAAGUAAAGAAAACCGAAGAUACAAGCAGUGUUACAACGUCCUCUGAGGUGAAACCUUCAGUAUCUAGUGCGGAAAAGGCGAGGCUUAAGAACGAGCUUAUGGUAGCGUUAAGAGGUGACUUGAGUGGACCGUUGCGUGGCUUUUUAAGGAAGUACGGGUUGAUUUCCUCAAAGAAAGAGAAGAUUGAGAGUGUUUUCGGUUCGUUCAAUGAUAAUACGUUAUUGGAGUUGAAAAGAGCCCUGAAAGCUUGUUCGGGUACAAAUGUAGAAAAGGGCAAGGACGAUUAUGUAAAAACACCGCAGUCGAAGGAAGUAUCAAUAAGGCAGAAACUUGAAGAAAAAUCAAAUAUUGAAUCCCGAAUAAGAGCUGCGCGGGCUGCUAAAGAAGCCAUACUCCAGAGUGCAAAGUCUGAUUUGCAGAUGAAACGCGAUAGAGAAAGAGAGAGAGUAGAGAAGAUGAAACGAACAGUAACGAUGGACGACAAUCUAGCUGUUCUGAUGGAGCUUGAGAAGCUGUGCCAAUAUUCCGGGAUUAAAAACCCGUUGGAGAAACUCGGGCUGCGUUUGAAGGAAGAAUAUUAUUAUGGGUACGAGUACAUUGAUGACGAUGAGGAUAACGGUGUUAUCUUCGAUGAGCUAGAAGAUGGUGAGAUCUUUUGACAUAGACUUCUGCUAGAGGUUUACUGUAGUGUUUUUGUACUCUAAACCCAGUAUAUAUAUAUAUAUGUUCCAUGGGAGUUAUAUUUGCAAACCACAUAAAUGGUGAUGGUAAUAGCAUUUGUUACAUUAGAGUUUUGCA